AUGUUGAAGAUAAACCCGGCCCCCCUCCCCGUCAUACUCCAUCCCACUGGUCCCGAUGUGGCCCCGCCCGACCCCGCCAGCCUGGCUGGCGACGAGGUGAAGUUUAUCCCGAAUCCCGAUCCCCCCGGGAUACGCGACCCUCGCCCCUUCGCCUCCUCCGCUGAUUCCAACUUGCCGUUCGGUCCAACCAAAGACGAGCAACUCGUCAAUGACGCAUUAUUACUGUUCCUAAGAGCUGUCAAUAUCUUCCCUAGUGAGCUCCGAUGUGAAUGGUAUUCCGCUCGCUCUCCAUUCGACGCGGCAUCGUUUGGCAAUAAUUCAAUGACUGCGCGCACCGACGGCUAUUUAGAAGCCAACGGUGAAGUCUUCUCCAUCCUGGAGGUCAACCCCCCGCCCCAAGAAGCGGGACCCUACUGCGGUCUCCGCCACCACUACAACUAUGCGCAAUGCCAGCCAUAG